UAUGACAAAACAGAAGUUACCAAAGAUACGCCAAAAUAUAUACAGUGACGGUGCGACGACAGAAUUUUGAUCAGUUUUGAUGUCUGACGGUAUUUGUUAUAUUGCUAUGUAUGAAUGAGAAAAACGUCUCGCACACGUUAUACGAUAUCAAGGCAAUUGAUUGUUCACGAUUGUCCAUGAUCGCAGUUCUUUGAUUGAUGCGCGAGCAAACAGGUUGAUUUCGACAACGAGAACGUUGCCACGAAAUCGAGGGAAAUCCAGAGUAUCUCUCACGAAGCUGCAUCACGGGAUGAUAGCGUCACAUUCGGAUCAUUGCUGCUUCCUGGAAGGAGACAAGUGCAAGGACAGACGACGUCGCGAAGGUAGAAACGGGAUGGAAGAUAGCGGCGCGACAGAGUAUCACGUGACCACGAUUGACCGAGAUGGUAUCCGUGCCGUGCUUUGUGGAGCUCCGUCAACGGCGUCAACUCCGUGAGCGUGAGAGACACCCUCAUCGACUGGUGGCGCCACCGACAGCAACCAAGGCUGGCAUCGCUGGCAUUCCACGAAGAGAGGAAGGCAGGCACAAGACAAGCUUUCUUGAGCUUUCUCGUGUGGACUGUGGGAUCGAUCUGUAUCGAGCUACAAGUACUCGGAAUACCACGAGAGUAGAGUCGAGUUCCAUAUGCUUGUGGCGUAAUUAAUCAGUGUGCAGACACCACAAGCAUAUGAGAGAGAGGUGUAACAUAGACUAGAGGCCUAAAGUAACAGAAAAAUGAAGAAAAAGAAGAAGAAGACUGUGAAUACCAAUGAAUACCAGCAAAAAGAAAAGCAGCAUACUUAUGUGAUGACCAACAUGGCGUCCAAUGAGAGCAGCAAAGGUUUGAGAAAAUCUCCCACCGCAGACAAAAUAAAUUCGACGAUAGAGUUAAAAACGGACGAUGCAAAAUCAAAAACAGACGAUGCAAAAUCGAUUGCUUCACCAUCUGUUGAUCAGCAUGAUGAGCUGAACAACACAGCUGCUGAUACAAAAGAAAAGAAUUUAACAUCAGACACAACUGGUGAUUGUACAAGCGUGGAGAAAAAUGAUUCCGAUAAUAUCAAAAGUGAAAACGAAGAUUUAAAAUCAUUGGUAAUUGAUAAGCAGGACACUACUAAGACGGAUAAGAAACAAGAAACACAAAAUGUAGAUUCCCUCGACAAACUUGAAAGUUCAGAUAAAGAAAAGGAAGUUAGGAGAGACAGCGUAGAUAGCAAGAAUUCUGUAAAAAAAGGAGAAAAUUUGAAAAGAAAACGAAGAACUAUAAAUAAAUCGACGAUGGUGGAAACUUCUAAUUCUCCAAUGGAGGAAAGUGGUACCAGAGGUAAGAAGAAGAAAUUAAAGACUGGCUAUGAUCGAUUUUGUUGGCGAUGUCACAAGGAGAAUGUUGACGCCUGCUGCACUGCCUGUCCUCGUUCGUAUCAUCGUAAAUGUAUAGGAGGCAUGCCGUCAUCUUUGGACAAAUGGAUAUGUGGGGAAUGUGUAACCAUUUUGAAAGCAGAAAAUGCUGAGACAUGUUCCGUAGCCAUGGCGCAAUUGUCCGUCGAUCAAUUGUGCAUGUUGCUCAAGCAUGUGGUUGAAAGGUUACGCGACUAUCCUGGCUCUGAGCCAUUUUGCAAAGCGGUGGAUAUCGCGGAAGUGCCAAACUACUUGGAAUAUGUUAUCAAACCGAUGGACUUGAGUCUUUUAGAAUCAAAUGUGCGGUCUAAGCUUUACGGUAGUACCGAUGCGUUUAUGGCUGAUGCAAAAUGGAUUCAACACAACUGCAUCGUGUUUAAUACAUGCGGUGGUGUUUACGCAGAUACGUCGAAACUGACAAACGCAGCGAAGCAGAUCAUUAAAGUAGCACGUCAGGAAAUCUCAGAAAUUGACGCGUGUCCCGAUUGUUAUGCCCAUGGUCGAAAUUUGCCAAGGCCUCAACCUUCGUGGUUUAUUGAACCCUGCCGUCGACCGCAUCCACUUGUGUGGGCGAAACUAAAAGGUUUUCCGUUUUGGCCGGCAAAAGCGAUGCCUCGCACGAAUUCUCAAGGAUACGUGGAUGUGCGUUUUUUCGGUGAACACGACCGCGCCUGGGUGUCACCGAAGGAUCUCUACUUGUACUCUGAAGAGCCACCAGCACCAUCUCCUCGUAAACGGAAAUCUGAUAUGGAUGAGUGCGUAAAAGAAAUUACUCGACAUUGUAGAAAACUUGCGCUUAUGUUUGGCCAGUUUAAAUUUGCUCCACCCAAAAUUCAGUAUGACCCGAAUAAUCCGUUGCAGAUACGGCUGAUGUUACCGAAUUACAAUCCCCUCGAACCCAAGAAUCAUCUUCCUAAUCCCAAAGUUUCCACAUCUCCAAAGAAAAAAUUGCCACAGAAAAGACAAAAUUCCCUCAAAGGUAAAUCACAGAAUGACGAAUUGACUAAUAUUAUUAGUGAAAAAGAUAUUGACUCGAUAAGUGAUGCUUGUGAAAAAGAGAAUGAAGCGACAUCGCCAAAAGUACAAAAAUUAGAUAUCGAUGUUAAGAAUACUUCAAGCUCGCAAACUGAUCUAAAUAGUAGUAAUAAGUUAAAUAAGAAAGCAGAUCGAGGAAACGUAAAGUCAACCCCUCAAGAAGUUGCUAAAAAUAAAAUGGUAAAAAAUGGAAAAUCGAGUAAUGCGAAGACAUCAACGUCUCGAUUAAAUGUUGUGCGUACGGAAACUGGUGCCGAAAAUAGUAGCACAAGUCCUAAUAUCUCAAAUAAUAGCACAAGUUCUAAUGCUAAUAUUUCAAAUAAUAGCAUAAAUCCUAAUACUAGUGCAAAUGAGAGCAAUUUGCAGAAAUCGAAAAAUGAAGUGAAAUCGUUUAUAAAAAUUUUGCCUAAGCCUGCGAAUUAUUCAGUUACUGAUACGGUAGCUCAGAAGAAAACCCUUUUGAAAAAUAUUAUCAAUCCUAAAAUGACAUUCUCACAAAUGGACAAUUCAAAGGUGAUAACAAAGUACACAAGAAACAGUAAAGCCUUUAAGCCGAAGACGAGAAUUGUUGAUAAACUAAACGCGGAGAAAGAAUUGAUGUCUCUAUCCGCUAACAAAGAAGAUGAGAAAUUGUCGAAUUCAAGCAAAGGCAUCCCUAGAAUGUCACUAUUGAGCAAUAAUAAAGAAUCAUUGAAUGUAAAAAACAUAUCUGAAAUCGAUGUAACUUCAUCGUCUACAUCAAAUGCGAGUGUCACUCAUACCAUUACAUCGACGAAUUCAGUCGUUCCUAUAACGGAUAAAUCUGUGUUGCUCCUCGUGGUUCCCAAUGGGAAAUCUACUGAGUCCACGAAACAGGUUGCGUCGACGAUCAACUUCAAUCAAGGCAAAAACGAGGGACAUAAUUCUCCUCAAAAGGCUAAAAAGAGUUUCCCUAGAUCACCUAAUUCAAAAAAUAUUCAAUAUACGUCGAAUACGAACGCAGAUGGAAUUAUGCAGAUUUCUCCGAUUGGCCAAGAAUCACCAUCCACAUAUCAACUGCUGCCUCCGGAGGCCGGGCCGAUCAGCGCACGUUUGCAUCAUGAUGCGCAUGAACUUGCGAGGAAAAUGGGCCAUUUAAUGGAAGAGGCAUACAAGGAGGCAGCUCAGAACAGUAUUAAUGGCGAGAACACUGACAAUUAUCAGGCGACCAUAUUUUUCCUGCGAAAGCAGAUUGAAUAUAUGAAGUGGCAGCAUCAGCAACAGCUAGCUGAAUUGAAACACAACGCCGAUCGUACUCUACGUGAGAUGCGCGCGAGUAUGGAAGCGGAAAAAUUGCGAUCGAUCGAGGAAGUUCGUAAAGAAGUUGAAGAUGACAAAAUUCGAUGUAUCGAGGAGACCAAGAAGAAACAAUGGUGUGCUAAAUGUGGACAACAAGCAAUGUUUUAUUGUUGCUGGAAUACUGCUUACUGUAAUUAUCCAUGCCAGGAGUCACAUUGGCCCACACACAUGCAGUCAUGUUCUCAGCAAUCUGGAUGUGCUACUAUUGUCAGCUCGAGUGCAAAUUUGAAUUCACAGCAGACCAAUUACGUCAUUGCAGAGAAUUCCACGACCAAGACGUAUCUUCUGUCAUCCAAUAUGAAAUUGAGUGCAAUUCCGUCUGCUUCGUCCCUUAGAAAUAAAACCAGUCAAGACGCGAUGUAGAUAAAUAGCAAUUUAUUUAUAACCGAUUCGAUAUCAACGCGAGUAGGAUGAAAAGAAUUUCAAUAAUACUGCAGGUAAAUUCAUAUCUGCAAACAAUAGAUAUGUUUUGAUUUAAAC